AAAUGAGCCCUGUUGUUCAUUCUUUGUAGUUUUAUAGUUAUCGCUCUCGUCUCUCUGUUUGGCAACGAAGAAAAAAUCAAUCUGAUCGUUCAAGCAAUCUCAAGAGAAAAAGAGAGGGAAAAAUGAGUUACUACAACCAGCCACCGCCUCCCGUCGGCGUUCCUCCGCCGCAAGGUUAUCCGCCGCAAGGAUAUCCGCCGAAAGACGCCUAUCCACCACAAGGAUAUCCACCGCAGGGCGGUUAUCCUCCUGCUGGUUAUCCUCCGCAGGGAUAUCCGCCUCCGGCGUAUGGUCCGGCGUACGGACCACCUCAGCCUCAACAUUCAAACCAAAAGAAAGAAGUUGGAUUCGUCGAAGGCUGUUUGGCUGCUCUUUGUUGUUGCUUUGUCUUGGAUGUAUGCUUUUGAUCACGACCUUCUGCCUGUUUUACUCAUCAUAUGGCGUACAGAAUUUGAAUUUCCAUUUGGAUUUGGAUUUGUAUUCGAAUUUGAAUUUGAAUUUGAUCUUUUGUCAGUUUGUAAUAUCAUCUCUCAUUCAUACUUCUUGAACCUUGCUUGGAAAGAGUAUAUAUUUUUUAACA